AUGUACGCGCUCCCACUGCAGACGGGGGAGUUGGUGGCCAUCAAGAAGAUACGCGUGGGCGAGAAGGGCGAGGGGGUGAACGUGACGGCGCUGCGGGAGGUGAAGCUGCUGCGGGAGCUGCACCACCCCAACAUCGUGCGCCUGCUGGAUGUCUGGCCCUCCCGCCGCGGCAUCGCCCUCGUCUUCGAGUACAUGGAGACCGACCUGGAGCGCGUCAUCCGCGACCGCGCCGUCCUGCUCACCGGCGCAGACGUCAAGGCCUACCUGCGCAUGGUCCUUGCGGGGCUGGCCCACUGCCACGCGCGCUGGGUGGUGCACCGCGACGUCAAGCCCGACAACUUCCUGCUGGCUUCCUCGGGCGCGCUCAAGCUGGCCGACUUUGGCCUGGCUCGUCCCUACGGCUCCCCCGACCGCCCCUUCACCCACCAGGUCUUCGCGCGCUGGUACCGCGCGCCGGAGCUCCUCUAUGGCAGCACCUGCUACGGACCGGGCGUGGACGUGUGGGCCGCAGGCUGCAUCUUCGCGGAGCUCCUCCUGCGCCGCCCCUGGUUCUCCGCCGAGAGCGACGUGGGCGUGCUGAACAAGAUCUUCACCGCCCUGGGGACGCCGCGCGAUGCGAACUGGGGGGGUCUGCGCGCCAUGCCGGCCUUCGUGGAGUUCCAGCCCACCCCCCCGGCGCCCCUGCGCUCCCUGUUUCCCAACGUGGCGGUGGCCCCCGACGACGCUCUGGACCUGCUGUCGCGCAUGGUGUGCCUCGCGCCGGCGCAGCGCAUCAGCGCCGCCGAUGCGCUUCGGCACCGCUACUUCCGCGUGGACCCCGCCCCCACGCCGCAGGAGCGGCUGCCCAAGCCGGGGAGGGCGGGCGUGCGCGUGGCGGCGGCGGCGGCCAGCGCCAAACGGCCGGGCGGGGAGCGGGAGGCGACGCCGGCGGCGGAGGCCGGUGGCCCCGCGCCGGCGGGCAUGGACAGCGGGGACGUGCGCUUCCUGAAGAAGCGGCGAUUGCAGAUGGACGCCGCGCUCGACGACGCCGCGGACGCGUGA